AUGGGUAAAGAUAAAAAUCACCAAAACGACGGACAUACCAAAAACCGGAACGAUGACUUUAGCUCAAAAACAACACAAAACGCAACACAGAACACCCAAUUCCCGCAAUUCCUUGUGAUGACCUCCACACAGAGUGGUAAAACAACGGCCGCGUUGUCGCCACUUCUGUUGAGGAAGGGCAUCCAGGGAAUCGCAGGGGAUGUGAAAUCCGUUAAGCCAUUGGGAUCGGGCGAUCUCCUUAUAGAGGUUUAUCGCCAACAACAGGCGAUGAACCUACUCGGAACAACCAGUUUUGCCGGCAUCGGUGUCAGUGUGAAACCACACUCAUCACUUAAUUGCAGCAAGGGGGUAAUCAGGUGCCCAGCCUUGCGCAAUGACACCGAUGAAGACAUACUGGCAUAUUUCCAGGAGGAGAGCGUCCCGGUCUCUGAGGUGAGGCGGAUGGUGAUCAGGAGAAACAAUGAUACAAUCAAAACAAACACCUUCAUCAUCACUUUUUCAACGCCAACACUACCCCAAAUACUAACAAUCGGAUACCAGAGGUACAACGUUUCCGUCUACAUCCCAAAUCCAUUGCGAUGCCGAAACUGUCAGAAGUACGGUCAUCACGAAAAGCGAUGUAGACGAAAAUCGAUCUGCCAGUAUUGUGGCCGUGAGGGUCACACCGAGCAAAAUGACUGUGACAUCGCCAACCUGCGCUGUGUCAACUGUGAGGGGAAGCACGCUGCCUCUUCUCGCGACUGCCCUACCUGGAGCCAGGAGAGGGAGAUAUUACGGGUUAAAUAUACCCGAGGUGUCUCUUUCCCCGAGGCCAGGAGGAUAGUCAGGAGUGCAGACAUUACUACACCCUCUUACGCACAGGUGACUCGAGGCAAGGCGCCGGUUGACAGUGUCACGGUCAAGGAUGCUUCGGUUCAAGUUUCUGCAGACAUACCUGCCUGGGGCUCACAAGUCCCAGACAUGGCUGGGUCGCAAACCUCAACGAUAAAUACUUACUUUGAAUCUGAAGAUUGGGCAAAACACCCUGACAUUCAGUCAGUUUCUGAUCAGGAAUCAAAAUCUAGGGGCAAGGCCAAAUCAAAAUAUCCACUCAAAAUAUCCCUGCUGUCUUAUGGGGUACACCCGGGUACCUAUUUGAGUUUGUGCUGGAUCAAAUACCUCAUUGAUGACAACGGCGAAAGGUGUGUAGAUGAAGACAAUAAAGUUGUCAAUAAACCUUCUGAGCACUCAACCACAGAUGUUCUACAGAUUUCAGUAGACCAGGAGGAGCUGUUGGAGGUGCCGUAG